AUGAUACGGGAAUGUUUACGAUUCUUCUUCGUCACGCUAAUGACGUUUCUUAAUGUAGUCAUCGCUCGGAAGCUGCAACUGAAUAAGAUACGACGGCGACGUCUCGUGCGGCGUUCACAACCAUCGGAUCCGAAUUCUCCAGAGAAACCGAUGAUAAACUGUAAUAAUAGCCCUGAUAGCAGUUUUUCAAGUAUACGAAGAGAAUCAAACUUGGUCCGAAGCUUUUCUGAGAAGAAACUUACUGUGCUCAUGGUUGUGAUUUGUGUGAUAUUUAUACUCGGCAAUCUACCUCAAAUGCUUGUUAUGGUUCUGCAAAAUGAAGCUAUGGAUAAUUUAUACGGAUUUCAACUAUAUCGAAAUAUUGCGAAUCUUCUUGAAGUUGUAAAUCACUGCUUGAAUUUCUAUGUAUUUUGUAUGGCAAGCAGUGAAUAUACUCGAGCAUUUUUAUUGCACUGCGUUUGUCUGCGGAAUGUUUUGUUACGAUUCCCUCCAUUUGCUGAUUUUCUUGCGGCUCGACGGAGUGGAAGUAUGGUAUCGUGUAAUAUGUCAGCAAUUGGAAUGCGGAACAAAGAUUUUUGUAGUGGCGAAUAUUUAGCUGAAAAUAAUACUUCCCUGAAGUACACUGCAACAGACUCAAAUGGGAUGAAGGAAUCUCAAACAUUAAAUGAAAUGACCGAAACACGUUUGAAAGGAAUAUUGAUAACUGGUAAGCCUAAUUAG